AUGGACUUGCCUCGAAGAAUCAAACCAGCGUACAGACUCUUCGACAAAGGUGUUGUCGCUGCCUUUUCGCGUCGAGGUAACGCUGUUCCAUCCUUCAGAACGUUCUGCUCUUCGAGGCAGCUCGCGAGGCAGCAACAGCCUCAACAACAACAACAGCAAAAACCAGAGCAUAAUAAUAGUAGUAACGGCGACAAGAGAAGACCGGCCAUCGACGAGGCGACGAUCAGGAGGCUCGAGAGGCUGGCGCUGGUCGGCUUCGAGUACGAGCAGAGCAAGCGGGUGCUGGAGGAGGCGGUGGCGUUCGCCGAGCGGCUGCGGGCGGCGCGCGUCGACGAGACGGUGCGUCCGAUGUGCAGCACCCUCGAGAACGACUGCAUCCGGCUGCGGGACGACGUGGUGCGACAGGACGUCGAUCGGCGCGAGGUACUGAGGAACGCCGCGGUGCUGGAGGAGGAGUACUUCGUCGCGCCGCUGGCGACGAGCAAGGAGAGGCCGAGCUGA